GUGGCGCUUCGAUAUGUCGAAAGUUUAGUACGUACAUACCUAUCUCUAUUAUUUUUGUCAUCGAAGAUACUAGCGCCAUGUUUGUCGCCAUAUUGAAAGGUUCUUUCUUGUGAGUUUUCCGCAACGACGCACGUGAAGGUUUCAAAAUGUCGUCGCAUCUAAACUGGAUGAUAAUUCGUAACAAUAAUGCGUUUCUUUUGAAGAAACGUAAUAUCAACAAACCUUUUUCCACGGAACCUAGCAACUUAACCAAUCUCAGUAGUUACCGUUACUCCGGUUUGGUUCAUAGAAAAAGUGUUGGCAUAGUAGACACUCCCGACAAAAAGGGAUUUACAGUUGUUUAUAAAAAAGCAAAUAAAAUUACUAAGCCAGCAAAAGCUACUGUCAGAAGUACAAUGAAGAGUGGAGCUCGUCGAUCCUUAUAUAAAUUACGGAGAUUGCUUAAAGCAAAUAAAUAUCGUGUAGACCUUACCAAGGUUGCAUUACGUCGUGCAAGUGCAGUAUUAAGAUCGCAGAAACCUUUACCAGCUAAAAAAACACGUGCGCCUAAGAAAGCUGAUUAAAUAUGUAUCUAAAUAAAUCUUCAUUUUAAUGUAAU